AAAUAGUGGGCCAGGCUGGAAGAUGGCGGCGGUAGCGGAGCUGUGAGUGGGUCUCUGCGGACGCAUUUUUCGCUCCUCUUCUUCCUCCCCUUUCCUUCCGUGUUUGAGAUUGGCAUCUGGGGGGCUGAUUUUGGGUCGUGGAGCCGGGCGCAGCGCAAGAGUCACGGCGACUGUGGGGGUGGCGGCUGACGGCUGGAAGGACAGGCUUACUUCGCCGCUCGUCCUCCUUCCCCGGUCCACUCGGUGUCAGGCGCGGCGGCGGCGGCGCAGCGGGGCGGGCGGACUUCGUCCCUCCUCCAGCUCCCCACCACGCCGGAGCGGGCACUCUUCCCUUCGCUAGCCCCCGACCCUUCACCCCAGGGACUGGGCGCCUCCUCCGGCGCAGUUCGGGGAGCGGGGGCCGGUCUCCUGCUCGGCUGUCGCGCCUCCAUGUCGGAUAACCAGAGCUGGAAUUCGUCGGGCUCGGAGGAGGAUCCGGAGACGGAGUCCGGGCCGCCUGUGGAGCGCUGCGGGGUCCUCAGCAAGUGGACAAACUACAUUCAUGGAUGGCAGGAUCGUUGGGUAGUUUUAAAAAAAAAUACUCUGAGUUACUACAAAUCUGAAGAUGAGACGGAAUAUGGCUGCAGAGGCUCCAUCUGUCUUAGCAAAGCUGUUAUCACACCUCAUGAUUUUGAUGAAUGUCGAUUUGAUAUUAGUGUAAAUGAUAGUGUUUGGUAUCUUCGUGCUCAGGAUCCAGAUCACAGACAACAAUGGAUUGAUGCCAUUGAACAACACAAGACAGAAUCUGGAUAUGGAUCUGAAUCUAGUUUGCGUCGACAUGGCUCAAUGGUGUCACUAGUGUCUGGAGCAAGUGGCUAUUCUGCAACAUCCACCUCUUCAUUCAAGAAAGGCCAUAGUUUACGUGAGAAAUUGGCUGAAAUGGAAACCUUUAGAGAUAUCCUAUGUAGACAAGUUGAUACUCUACAGAAGUUCUUUGAUGCCUGUGCUGAUGCUGUCUCCAAGGAUGAACUUCAAAGGGAUAAAGUGGUAGAAGAUGAUGAAGACGACUUUCCUACAACACGUUCUGAUGGAGACUUCUUACAUAAUACCAAUGGCAAUAAAGAAAAGUUAUUUCCACAUGUAACGCCAAAAGGAAUUAAUGGUAUAGACUUUAAAGGAGAGGCAAUAACUUUUAAAGCAACUACUGCUGGGAUCCUUGCUACACUUUCUCAUUGUAUUGAACUAAUGGUGAAACGUGAAGAAAGCUGGCAAAAAAGAUUGGAUAAGGAAAAUGAGAAGAGGAGGAGGACAGAGGAAGCAUACAAAAAUGCCAUGAUAGAACUUAAGAAAAAAUCCCACUUUGGAGGACCAGAUUAUGAGGAAGGCCCAAAUAGUCUGAUUAACGAAGAAGAAUUCUUUGAUGCUGUUGAAGCUGCUCUUGACAGACAAGAUAAAAUAGAAGAACAGUCACAGAGUGAAAAGGUCAGGUUGCAUUGGCCUACAUCUAUGCCAUCUGGAGAUACCUUUUCUUCUGUGGGGACGCAUAGAUUUGUUCAAAAGCCCUAUAGUCGCUCUUCCUCCAUGUCUUCCAUUGGUCUAGUCAGUGCCUCUGAUGAUGUUCACAGAUUCAGCUCCCAGGUUGAAGAGAUGGUGCAAAACCACAUGACUUAUUCAUUACAGGAUGUAGGUGGAGAUGCCAACUGGCAGUUGGUUGUAGAAGAAGGAGAAAUGAAGGUCUAUAGAAGAGAAGUAGAAGAAAAUGGGAUUGUUCUGGAUCCUUUGAAAGCUACUCAUGCAGUUAAAGGCGUUACAGGGCACGAGGUUUGCAAUUACUUCUGGAAUGUUGAUGUUCGCAAUGAUUGGGAAACAACUAUAGAGAACUUCCAUGUGGUGGAGACAUUAGCUGAUAAUGCAAUUAUCAUUUAUCAAACACAUAAGAGGGUAUGGCCUGCUUCUCAGCGAGAUGUAUUAUAUCUCUCUGCCAUACGAAAGAUACCAGCCUUGACUGAAAAUGACCCUGAAACUUGGAUAGUUUGUAAUUUUUCUGUGGAUCAUGACAGUGCUCCUCUAAACAAUCGAUGUGUCCGUGCCAAAAUUAACAUUGCUAUGAUUUGUCAAACCUUGGUAAGCCCACCAGAGGGAAACCAGGAGAUUAGCAGGGAAAACAUUCUGUGCAAGAUUACAUAUGUAGCAAAUGUGAACCCUGGAGGAUGGGCACCAGCUUCAGUGUUAAGGGCAGUGGCAAAGCGGGAGUAUCCAAAGUUUCUAAAACGUUUUACUUCUUAUGUCCAAGAAAAAACUGCAGGAAAAUCUAUAUUGUUCUAGUAUUAACAGUGAUUGAACAAGGCUGUGUGACAUUCCAUGUUGGAGGAAAAACUGAAAAAAAAAAAAAUAGUGAAUGCUCUCAGGUGGAACAUAGGAUCUACAGCCUUGUCAGUGGCCCAACACCUUGGCCUUUUGUACAAAGUGAAGAAAUACUGCAAUAGCUAAGCUGAACAUCUAUCACUAGCUGUAUCCUGCUAGCUCUCCUUGCUCAGCGUGUAACUACUAUAAAUACAUGUACAAUUACAUGUAUAUGGCUAUAUUUUUAUUUGCUUGCUUCUAGAAAAGAAAAAAAUCAACGUUGGAUCACAAGUAGGAAUUGAUGCUUUAAUUUUUGGAAACUUUUUCAGAAUUUUUAAUUUACAGUGGUCCUGCCUAAGAGCCUCAGUUGUAUCUGAUUUUGUGCACAAAAGAAAAGCACAAAAGUUGAACGCACAUGGGGCAUGUGCUUUCUGUGCACCAAAUAAUCCGGAUGGGGUUCUUUUAGGCCUACAGUGAGAUCUGUGUCCAGAAAUUUUUGACUUUUUUGCUUUGUAUAAUCAUAGAAUUCAUUGCUGCUGAUUUCUAUAAUAAUUCACAUUGUCAUGUAAAAUGUCUCUUAAUAACUGAGGGCUGUCAAUAACCUGUGAUUUUGCCUUUUCUAUUAGCUUAGCUCCAAUGAAGAACCUUGGUUCUGAUGGAGAAAGAGUGAAAGCUUUAUUUUUUCCCCCAGAUAUCUUUAUAUUUCUAUUGUAUUUUUUAGUUGUGUACUGUGUGCUACAACUUUUUUUCAGUUUGUUACAAACACAGUUUGGUAAUUCCUGAAUUGAAUCUGCCUGCCUCCAAACAGAAACAUCUACACAAAUUUUGUGGGUAUAAACUACUUUCUAGUAAAACAGUCAAGGUAAAAUGAGCUCAUAUUGCCUGAAAUUAUAAGAGGAGAUGCGGUGCUUGUUAAAGCGAAUCAGACUGAGUUUGACAUUUGAUAUCAGUAUUUCUAUUCUAGAUAUGUAUGUUAGUUCUAAUUUGGGUCAGUUUAAAAAAUACGUUGCAAGAGAUGAAUAGAACACGUGAGCAGCACGGUUUGCCUCUUGAUCAGAACCUUCAGCAGAGCAGUAAAAGAUUCCAUGUGAAUCCAAGGAUUCAAACUGAAAUUCUUUCCUUGGUCACUGUUAGAACUUAAUUGUAAAAUACCUUUUUUAGUUUUAGGCCUCUGUGGAAAAAAAACUUUGAAGCAUGGAGUUGAGGCAAGGAAUGGUACUCAUUGAAGUAAAAAUGACUGCCCACUUCAAAAUCUUCAUUGUGUUAAAGACACAGAUGUGCUCACAGAAAUUAGAGGCUUUUUAUAGAUUAUUUGCUGACUUGUUCAUAGCUAUAAAAACACAGAAAUCAGACCCACUUUAUAAAACAAAGUUACAUCACGUGGAACAUGUCCUGUAUAUAUUUCAUAUGUGGUAAUGGAGUCUUAAUGAUAAAUGCAAGGUGAUAAUUUAAUGAUGGGAUUAGUCUGAUCACUUAAUAUGCACAAUCCUGGAAGUGAAUUACUUGCAUCAGAUAUAGUGGUAUUUAUUAUUAUGUACAGAGAGAAAAUACAUAUAAGACAUAUGCUUAGAUUACAUGCACGCAGAUUCAUGCUCUGUAAAUCUUUUCUAUUUUUUAAUUUACCUUUCUCUAAAUGAUGUGCAUGGAAUAUGCCUUAUUACAGAAAAAUACUGUUCAUAAUUUGACUAUGUGGAAAAGUGCCUAUAUGGUGGUAAUGCUACUAAGGCAAAUAAGACAAAUUAUCAUAUCAGUUUACUACAUCACCAGUUAACAUUUUAUAUUGUGAUGUUUAAAGAGAAAAGUUUAUACCUCAAAUGUGUAUUUUAUUUUACAACCAGCUGUGGGGUUGGAAUGGGAUUGUGGGGUGGGGGAGGGAGGCUAGGGUGGGAAGGUUUAUCUACCACAGCCACUGAUGGAAAUCUUCAAAAAAAAUUCUCUAUGCCCACUAUAAAUCAUUCUGUUUGCUGUGUCGUAGCUAUCAUGAUCACAGACAAAUACUUUUCAAAACUAAAUUGGAUAGCUUUAUUUUACAAAGUAUGGAAAGUUUACAAAGCAGUAUCUAAAUCUAAUUAUCUUUAGUUGCAUUUGCACUAGAUAUUGACAAUAUACUUUUGCAAUUUAUUCUGUAAAUAAAAUGAUUACACUAAAAAUAUUUGUAUUAAAAAAAGAAAAAGAUACAUUUUGCCUUUAGAUAACUGCACUGGUACUUCACUAGCGUUAAUCCCUUCCACCCAGUUUUAGAAGUGUAUUGGGGACUACGAAUACAAUUUAAUAAAGGUCAAAAUUUGUAGAGGUACUAGCCUUUUUGGGCAAUAUUCAGACCCUUUAAAAUUAUUUCUGUCUGGCUUAUUUCUACAUGAUAUUUUCUCAUCCACAAAUAUUUCCUACUUCUCUUCCCCAAGCAAAAAAAGAAAAAGUACCUUUCUACUCUUUUCUACUCAGUUAUUCUUUUGUAUGUGAUAGAAAUUUGAAAACUAUUGGUGAGAGACUUUUCUCCCUGAGCGCCCACUGUUCAGGACAAGAAAGCAGUGUUUCACUCGGAAUUUGGGACUUGUAAUUUUGAGGUAGAGAGUGAUCAUUAACAGUUCUUAGCUUGAGAUUGCCACAGGGGCAGCCAGCCCAAGGAGGGGAAUGACUGGGAGGGAGGUGUAAGAAUACAAAUUACAGCAAAGGCAGGAUGGGUUUCCCAUUUGUUCAGUUUAAUCAACUAAUUUGUACACCUAUAUAACAUCAGUGUCCAUUGCUAUUGAGAAAAUUUUAGUUGGGCUGAGCUGGUUCUCGUGAAAUUGUGCUGGUUAUCUUAAGCUUAUCAGUUGUCUGUCCAGUUAAACACUUUCACCAGUAUUUGUACAGACGAUGUAUUUGGAUUAUUGUUGUUCAAUUACAAACUCAAAACAUAAUCAUUUUAAAGUACCUUGGGAGUGUGUAGAGUGUAAUAUUCUAUAAUAGCUUUAUGAUCCUGAUGAUGUUUUUUAAAAAUAAAAUUGGAUCUUCCAUGU